AUGUCGACUCAAUUCUCAACCCUCAUUUCCUCCACUCUCGCCCUCCUCGACCAAUUCCAAGGCACUCUCUCCACAUCUUCCACUGUCGACUCGGCCACAACCACCACCGAGGACUCCUCUAAAGAUGCAAAGCCGCUUCCCCUCCUAGCAGCUUCGUCCGCAGCUCUUAGGGCGCAGGUAACCAAACUAUCGCUGUUGGCCAUUACAGCGCCCUUCACCCAUUCCGCCGUUAGCACCGUCCUCCGCGCCGUGAACGACUCCGUCCUGCCUUCCUUGAUCACCGCAGCCCUUCUCGUUACACCGGGCGAAUACACAAAAGCAUAUCACUCCGAGGUCCUUGUGCUUUCACGAAAUACCUUGUCGGAAUUCUCGGCGCUAGUGCGGCUGGUGAAUAGCCUGCCAGAGAAAGGCGACCAGACCCCAAAAGAUAAUUCAGAGAGCAAAGGAGCAGAUGAGCCACCAUCUCAGUCUGAAAAGGAUGCGAUCACUGUUGCAGCUGGUCGUGUAUGGGAUGCUUGCGACAAUUUGACCGCAGUUGCGAAUAAGGGUGUGGUUGGCUUCGUUAUGUUCCGGGUUGAGCAGUGGCGGGAUCUUAUUCGGGAUGCCGUGGAGGAGAUUGAGGAGUGGGAUCCGGAGGAAGACGGUGAUGACUUCUUUGAUGAUUUGAUGGGUAAUGAAAGCAAGCCUGGUGAUGAUGACAGUGAUGACGAUGACGUUUCCGACGAUGAGGAAAAUACGGCCAAGCUGCAGGAGCAGAAGAAAACUACUCUGCGCCUCCUGAAGCCUAUUGCACAGAUUUACCCGGCCAUUAUCAACAACCGACUCAAGAAUGCUGGCGAGGCUCCUUUGUUUGCGACUACAAGUGUUGCGAAGUUGGAGUCUCUAUUACUUCACCUAGGAGAAAUACCGGAUCAAAUUGAUGAGGUUGCUGGGGCUUUGUAUGAGAAUGAUGUGAGUAGGUCAACCGGAUUCUUGAAGAAGAUCCAGAAGAAUGCCACUCAGGCUGUAACUUCUGUAUCGGCGCCUUGGAAGACAGUGGAGGCCAGUGACAAGCAGCCUGCUGAGGAUAAGUUUACUGUCUGGUCGAAGACGUGGCUCAAGGUCAUGGACGAAGUUAGCAAGUCCAUCAACGCUGAAUAA